AUGGAACAGUCUUCGCAGAGUACCGGACAGCAGCAAGGUAGACAGCAGCCAGUGUAUGACACCAGGAACGGCGGACAUUAUGGUGCCAGUGCUGCGCUUUCAGCCCAGGGGUAUGCCCCCGUUGCCGAGCUUUAUACGGGGACAUGGGCGAAUGUCAAUCAAGGGCUACAAGGCACAGCCCGCGACAUACUAACGACCUACUGGCAACACAUUAUCAACCAUCUCGAAUCGGACAAUCAUGACUACAAAAUUCACCAAUUGCCACUGGCCCGUAUAAAAAAGGUCAUGAAGGCAGAUCCCGAGGUCAAGAUGAUCUCCGCAGAGGCCCCUAUAUUAUUUGCGAAAGGCUGCGAUAUUUUCAUUACAGAACUCACUAUGCGGGCUUGGAUACAUGCUGAAGAUAACAAGCGACGCACGUUGCAAAGAUCAGAUAUCGCAGCAGCCUUAUCCAAAUCUGAUAUGUUUGAUUUCCUCAUUGACAUAGUACCUCGUGAAGAGGCAACAUCCCAUGCGAAACGGUCGAGCCAGGCAACCGCAGGUGCUGCAGGUUCCUCCACUGCAACAGGUGCCCAACUGCCACCUUCUCAACAUGGUGUCCAACAUCCCCCGCACCAUAUGGGUCCCCCAGAUUACGGUUCUCUGGGACAGCAUGGCAUUGGACAAGACCAAGAAUAUCGGCAGCCAACGAUGUACGGGGGAGCCGUUCAGUCGGAUCCAACGGCCGCGUAUGGACAGCCGCAAUCCCAAAUCUUUGAAGGAAUGUACAAUCCUUACCCACAUCUUCCGCCACAGCAGGUAUGCCAAAACUCUGCUCAACAUAUUUGA